UUUAAAUUCUAUUGCAAUCUCAAUUACGUUAGCAGUAGACCGAGCCGUUGCAAAACUUGUCGUUCCGUACGCUGUAGUACUUCAGUGCGCAUUUUCCUAACGUUAGGACUCAACGCGUAUUUGAUUUUCCCGUGCAAUUACAACGUUCCACCAUGUCCUCCGAAGGUUACACAUCUUCGGAGCUGGAGUCCAUGCCGGACCGGAUAGCGGAGACCUUCUCCGGAAUGAAUCUGCUCAUCACUGGCGGCACAGGCUUCAUGGGAAAGGUGCUGGUGGAGAAACUGCUCAGAAAAGUUCCCGAUAUCGGUAAAAUCAUGAUACUGGUUCGUCCGAAAAAAGGAAAGACCCCGAAACAGCGUCUUGAAGAAAUGUUAAAUGAUGCGUUAUUCGAGAAACUCCGUACACUCCGAGGUAGUAUCGCGCCUUUAUUGGAAAAGAUGCAGAUCAUAGAUGGAGACAUGAGUGCCCCAGACUUGGCCAUCAGCGAAGCUAACAGACAGAUGAUCUACGAUGAAGUGGACAUGAUUAUACACGCUGCAGCUACAGUCAGAUUUGACGAAGAAUUAAAAAAAGCGGUCUUACUAAAUGUUCGGGGUACAAAACUUAUUCUGGAAAUAGCAAAAAAAUGUAAAAAUCUCAAGCUUUUCAUCCACAUUUCAACAGCGUACUGUCACUUACACGAGAAACUUCUGGAAGAAAGGCCUUAUCCCCCACCAGCUGAUCCACAUAAGAUCAUAGAUGCUAUGGAAUGGAUGGAUGAUGAUACAAUUGCCACUAUAACCCCAAAAUUACUGAGCAAAUUGCCUAACUCUUAUGCAUUCACAAAAGCCUUAGGGGAAGCGUUAGCCGUUGAAGCUAUGGAGCAUAUACCAGCAGUAAUUCUACGUCCUUCUAUUGUAAUUCCCAUUUGGCAAGAACCAGUACCUGGAUGGACAGAUAAUAUAAACGGUCCCACUGGUCUUCUUAUUGGUGCUGGCAAAGGGGUUAUAAGAACGAUGUACUGCAAAGGAAACAGUUAUGCUGACUACUUGCCUGUGGAUGUUUUCAUCAACGGCAUCAUGAUUGUUGCUUGGCAUUACCUUAAAAAUGGAGACACACAACAUAAUGUGGUAAAUUUCACAUCGUCUGCAGAAAUCAAGGUGACUUGGUCGGAGAUGAUUGAGGCUGGAAGGGAGAUAAUUAUGAAUAGAGUACCAUUGAACGGUGUUGCGUGGUAUCCAGGUGGUUCUAUGAAACACUCUCGGCUAUACCACAACAUCUGCGCGCUGUUCUUCCAUUGGCUUCCUGCUAUCUUCGUCGAUACACUACUGUUCUGUCUCGGAUAUAAACCUGUUUUGAUGCGUGUUCACCGUCGUAUUAGCAAAGGUUUCGAAGUAUUUGAAUACUAUACAAAUAACCAGUGGGACUUCAAAUCUGAUAUCGCUCAAACGUAUCGCAAUUACCUGAACCCUAGAGAACGGCGGGAUUACAAAGUUGACGCUAUUGGUUUAGACAUUUCAAAAUAUUUUGAAGAUUGCAUUAGAGCUGCUCGAGUAUUCAUUUUGAAAGAGUAUGACGAUACUCUGCCUGCUGCCAGACGUCACAUGAAAAUAAUGUGGUUCGUGGAUAUUAUUACGAGAUUUAUAUUCUGGGCCCUGAUUUUGUACUGGAUGAGCGGCUGGUUGUCUUCGUUCUUUAGUUUUCUGUCUUCGCCGACAGAAAUAACUCCUAAAGCCAUUGUAGAGUAAUUAUAAUAUAGGUAUUUACAUGGAAUAAUUAAGUGUUUUUGCUUAAGAGUAUUAAUCGGUAGUAAAUAAUAAAAUUUACUUAGUUACUUAUGUUAAAGUGAAUAGUUGACCAAUUUCUUGUAUUAAAUACUUUAUACUUUCAAUCUCUUGUAGAUAUAAUUUUAAGUAAUUACAUGAAAAUUGUAUACAUUUUGUAGCGCUGCAUUAUUUGCCACCUAUUAAUGAUUAGUUUUUUUUUUACCAGUUUUAUUAGUGUCCAUAUCCAAUAUCCAAGUUGUAAAGUAAACAAAACAAAACUCAAUUUUUGUAUUCAAUAAUCGUACUUAGAACAAUAAAAAAAUUUUUGGAAUAUUAA